AUGCCACCCUUCGCAUUCUCCAACUCAACUCCACCGACCUACACUCCCCAACGGCUUGACCAGUCCGUCCAAUUCCUCCGUCCCCGCCAUCAAGUGCACCACCAUUCCAGUUACCACACAAACCCAUACCCUCAUCACCACUACUCCACCACAAUAGCCCAACUCCCGCCAUCACCCCAAGCCCUCGGCAUCUUUAACAACUACAUAGCCCACCAAUCUGAAUCGCUGGUGCUAAAGGAGCGCGUCCUCUCCCUCUCCGGCGACAGCUUUAGUAUCAAAACCCUCGAUGGCCGCGAGAUCCUCCAGGUCAAGGGCGAAGCGUUCAGUCUGAGCGGGCGGAAGAUGGUCAUGGACAUGCAGGGCAAUCACAUCUUCACGAUCCGGAAGGAACAUUUCAGUUUCCCAAAGGCGUACUAUGCGGAGGAUGCGCAAGGGAAGAGGUUUUUUGAGUUGGAAGGAAAAUUCAGUCUUGGCUCAUCCAAAUCGGUCGCGCGGUUCAUCAAUUCCUUCACCAAUCAGCAGGAAGAGUUGAUGAUGAAGGGCAAUUUCUUCGAUACGCAUGCAGACAUCACGAAUGUCAAGACGGGCCAGCCCGUCGCGAGGAUUGAUCGCAAGAUGCUAAAUGCCAAGGAGCUAUUCACCGGUCAGCAGACUUAUGUGGUUACGGUGGCGCAGGGUGUGGAUAUGGCACUCAUCGCUGCAAUGUGUAUUUGUCUGGAUGAGAAGAAGAAUGACAACAAGUACUAG